AUGGCACGCAUCACGGGGUCCCGCAUGACACGAAGUCGGAGCAGAGAGGCAAAUGCAGGGUUUAUGCCAAACAAAGGAUCAUUGGAGCGAAAUUGGCUGACUGGGCUAACUGAAGAGCCUUCUACCUCUUCUCCCGAGCUCAAAUUACCAAGGCAUGUGAUACCAGAGUCGCCUGAGAACCAUGAAGGUCAUACCAAUUUCUCUGGUACGACCCUGGUUCACAAUGACGUGGAUCCGGUCGAUUCUCAAGUCAGCGAUAAAAUCGCGACCCACCUGCCGUUUGUUCAGCAGCAGGCGACCCUUGUGAUGAGUCUGUUGGUUCGCCCAGACAUGAAUCCGGACAGCCUUGCAGCUGAGUCGAAAAUGCUUGUCGAUUCUAAUCACCCGAACCGCAAACGCUUGAGGCGAUCCGUGGAAGGGCUGACCGAUGAAUUGGAAGAGUCUCCUCUUUCUCGUGAUGGCAAGUCAUUCUUGGACAUCUCUCAGGCUCGUCGUUUGCUUUCGCCCGCACAAUUGGAUGCGUCAAUCGCAGAAAUCUACAUGACAAACUGUGCUCUGUUGACCUUGAACAUGUUCCUUCCCAGUGUCGGGACCGAGUCCCAGUCGGAAGUCAUUGAACAGCUGGAUUUCCAGUUUCCAGCGUGUGUCAUGAGCACCCUUGCAGAAAGUUCUAUGUCUAGGCCAGUUGGAGCGAGUAGUACCAGCGAGGCCACGUUCAAUCUUGCCUUGGGUAUCCGCACACAGUUUUUCAUCAUGGAAUUAGAAAGACGCCAACAUGAGAAAGACUUCAAACCACUCUCCAUCUUGAGACAGGUCUUUGCUUUGGACCUAGCGCCCAGCGACGAUGACUUCCAGAGUAUGCCUGGCUCCUUCCGAGGGUUUAAUUUGCCGGGUAUCUUGCAGGACGAUGAUGGCCAUCUUCCCGAACACAUCCCUGAGAAGUUUUCCAUCGCUGUCAGCGACAGGUUCAACGAGCUUUACGAGGAAAUUUCCGAGUGGGAUUUCGUUGAUCUUGAUGGUUUGAAAAAGGCAUACAGGUGGCGCUCAUUUGAACGGGACCUUGCACGUUGGAUCUACGCUCGAGACAGAGAAAUCAAGGAAGACAUCAGACGCUUAUCAGAAAAAGUGCAUAACUCAUCCGCAACUCGUCGUCUUACUUCUGUUCCUGCUAGAACUCCCAGUCGGCGUCAGACAUCUACAGUGCCUCCAAGCGGUGACAGACCUCGCCAUGGACACUUGCCCCAUCAGACCCAAUCUCCGCAAGAAGCACGAUUGGUCAACGUAGCCUCUGCGGUGAACACGGCAACGGAUGCAGAUAGGGCGCCCGAGGUGGACAAAAUAUCUGGAAACACCGCUUCCCGGCCAGGCCCCACUCAAAAUGUUCCAGAACAAAGUGUCUCCGACCAAGUUACGCAGCUGGCAGCCAAAGAUCCGAGUCGGCGCAAGUCCAAAAGCAACUUCCGAAACCCAGCCUCGUUCGCGGCACUUCUGAGGCGCCAGGCUACUAGUCAUCAACAGCCUGUCUCUACCGUUGAACUGCAGGCGCAAAAAAUUCCUACGGACACAAGCGUUGAAGCCCAAGCGAAUAAUCCUGGCCCUUCUGCUAGUAUCGGAGCCACCGAGUCUUUUGAAAUUCAACAAUCUCCUGAGUUGAGAUACACAUACAUAGGGGAUGACUCUACAUACGUAAACAAUGACGAGGAAUUGGACCUCGGACAGGGCCCAGAACCUGAUAUUAUUACAUCGACCAGCCCCCCUAACUCCGCUAGAAUCAGCCAUAUCAGCCACAAUCCUCGCUUCUUUGAUUCACCCAGAAACGAGAAAACACAGCGAUCAGUUCCAGUCGGUCGGCGCUUCCUCGACAAACAGAAUAAUGCUGGAGUUGUUUCUCCAAUAAGCCAAUAUGACACUCAAGGUCCAGGGAGUUUCACUGUGUUGGGCAAGCGAAGUCGCAAUGUUGAUGACUCGGACGAUGACUCGAGCGACGAGUCAGACAUUGAAUUUGAGCAGAACACUCAGAACGUUGGUCCCAGACGCAGGGUCGAAAAGCCCCAGCAAAAUUUGCCUGCCGCGAAGCGCCAGCGCCCCCAGGAAAAUGCGGUGUCUGCCGGAGAACAGUUACAAUCGCAUAUCAACAAAUCCUUCCACCACAAUUCUAACUCGACACAAUCUUCAGAAGGGGCCCAAAGGGCCGAUAGUGACUAUGUCACUGAUGAAGAGACCGCCGUUGAACAGCACGAACCGCCCCCUAGCACCCAGAGCCGCUGGGCAACCUCCAAUUCCCAGGCUGCGAUGGCCAAUCUCAGAGUUCCCAAGGCCAGUCACAGAUGGACAGAGGAAGAAGAUGAACGUCUCAUCUAUCUCAUGGGGAUUUACGGUACUGCCUAUGCCGCCAUAAAGAAGCAAGAUAACGCUUGUCCUCCGUCUGAAGGUGGUCCCAUGCUUGAGCGUCGUUCUCAAGUCAAUUGCAAAGAUCGUGCUCGCAACUUGAAGAAGAAGUAUCUAAGAGAGGGCCGACCACUUCCACCGAACAUGGAGAAGGCAACAAAUUGA